AUGUUUGCCCAGUAUAUUGCCAUUUGGUUACUUUCAUUGAAUGUGGUAUGGUGUCAACCAAUGUAUAUCCUGCUACCAACUCAAGUAGCUCGAAGUUUGGAAUUGAACGAGGAAACUCUAUUCCAGGAACCAAUUGAAGCCAUUGCUUUAAUGGAAGAUCCCGCCAAAGUAUACACACCCCACGACUUUUUCGGUGAAGUCCACAAAUUCAUUAUCGGCGUUCAACAGUUUGUGCAGCAUCCGCCGACUUCACUGUACAGUGCGUUCAACCAACUGCAGAGCAAUGUCAAAAACAAUCACCAGAAACAGAAGCCCGUGAAAUACAAGGUGGUUCUUGACCCCUCUGGAAACAUUUCAUUCACCUUGGGCUGGUCAGCCAACUUGCAGGUGUUCAAUAGAAUCGGUUUCACUAAGAGUCGCAGUCUUGUGAACUACAAUGCAUGGUCUAAGGGUUAA